CCCUUUACAAGAAACAAAAACCAGAAGCUCUACAGUAAGACAAAAGGAAGCACUGGCAAUGAAAACAUUUAUUUUCUGGAAAGGACAGAAUGAAGAUGAAAGGGUUUUUCAUCUUUUUGUUAAAUCUGCCAGUGGUCUUCAGUGAUCAAGCCAUUAAAGAAAGCGUUCCGAUGAAGAGCUUGAGAUGCCACAAUGACUAUAAGUCACUCAUGACAUGCACAUGGAAGGAACAUUCAGAGGCCCAUGCCCUCCUUGGUUUGACUCUAUACCACACGCGUGUUACUGAAAAUGUCAGUGAGGAGAUGCACUGCGAAAAGGAGCUAGGAGAAGACUUACAUGAGGCUUCAGAUCCCUACACCCAUUGGAUUUGUUGGAAAACAGUCAAAGAUUUUCAAAGCGGGGUGGAUGACUAUUACAGCUUCAAACCCCAGCAGAUUCUCGAAGCACACCUUGAAGUUCAUCCUUUCCAAAAUGUUCAGCCCCUUCCACCUCAAAACCUCUCCGUCAGAGAAAGUUCAGGAGACUUCUUGCUGACCUGGACAGCACCUGAUGGAAGCCAAGGGCUGGGCAGUGCAUUGGAGUAUGAAGUUGCUUACAAGCGGGAGUGGGAGUCCUGGGAGAAGGCUGCUUCACGCCUGCUCUCCAACACCACUCGUUGCCAUCUCAGCCACCUCAUCCCAGGGAGCAGAUACGUUGCCCGUGUGCGAGCCAGACCGGAGCAGGGCAGAGGCUUCUCUGGGCACUACAGCGAGUGGAGCACAGAUGUGUCCUGGGAGACUCCUGAAGGUGGCAUUCAUCCCAGGAACCUUCAUUGCCUCUUCAACGGUGCCUACCUGAUGUGCAGCUGGGAAGUGAAGAAAGUGAUUGCCACCUCUGUCAUCUUUGGCUUGUUCUUCAGGCCCACUCCAGCAUCAGUGGAAAAGGAGUGCUCUCCUGUGUAUGAGAAGAAUUUGCCCCAUGUCCCAUAUGUGGUGCAGAGCUGUGGAAUCCCUGUUAGCAAUAUCAGCAGUCGGAGCCAGUACCAAGUGUCUGUGCGGACCAAGACGGAGGAGAAAUGGAUAGAAGCCUACAAGAACAUUAAGGUGCUGCCACCUGCAAAUGUGUCAGUGGAACUGAUGAAAAGCCAAGAGUAUGAACUGAGGUGGAAAAAACACUCUUUACGGUAUGGUUUCAUCAAACAGAAGUACCAAGUCCAGUUCUGGAUUCACAACCAGUAUGAAAAGACUGUGCAGACAAUAAAUAUUACCAAUGAUGAACCUCCCUUCAUCUUCACUGAUCAGAUGCUGUCACCAUCUGCAAAAUACAGGGGAAGAAUGCGUGCAAUGGUGAAUUAUCAGGAUUAUCAGGGAUACUGGAGUGAAUGGAGUGAGGAGUUCACCUGGGAAACUGAGAACGUUCUUUCACCAGUGGUUCUCCCACUGAUGCUCCCAGUUAUCAUCAUCACUUUGCUCGUUGUUGCUUAUUGCAGCUUUAAGUAUUUCCUCAGGCAGAAGAAACUGUGGGAGGAAAAGAUUCCAAACCCCAGCAAGAGUCUGCUGAUCCAGAGCUACCUGAAGAAAGUUCCUCUAAGAAACGAGUGUGCAAGCAGGCAGCUGGACAUCAACAAAUGCAGCCUUGCAGAGAACAUGGAUCAGCCUAGCUUCCUUCAAGUUGUAGACAGGCAGACCAAGACUUUGGCAGAGCCCCCUGAAGCGCAGACUGAAAGGAUGGAGGUUUCUUCUGCUGCAUUGGAUCCACAGAACCCAUACCAUGCUUUAAAUGUGCCAGAGCAUGCCCCAGUUGUCUGCCCAAGUCAGAUUCCUGGCCAUUCAUUUUCUGUUUCAAGGACAAACGGUGCUGAUGCAAGUAUAACUUCCCAGACAGCAAUCACUUGCUUUGCUUUCAAUGGCCCAUACUUGUACAGCCCAGUCAUGUCCUCUCAGCCUGAGAUGCAUCAGACCCUGGAAGUGACCUCGAAUCCAAUGGGAAAACAGGAGAAAGCAGUGUCUCUACAGUACGUGAGUCUUCCAGACAAAGCCAGUCCCCAGGCUGCGCAGAGACAAGAGCAGCCGGGAGCAGGUCCUCUGCAGCCCUUCCUGCUCCCAGAUCAGAAGGAAGUGAUGCGUUAUCUCAACGAUGAGAAGGAAGUUUCACCACUUCCCACCACCUGUGAGAAAAGCACAGAUGUGAGAACAGAAGAGCAGAAAUCUCCAGAGGCUCCUGGCUGUCCCACAUUCCUUCAGCAGUGCCCCUUGGAGUACAUCACCACAGACAGCCUGUUACUGCCAUCAACCAGCAAUGCCACACACCUGCCUCUUGUCACUGCUGGGGGCAAACCCUGUGACACGCAGGAGCCCUAGCAGGCCAUUCAGCUUUUCAAAAGCCUGAAAUCAGACGAUUACUUCUCCUGGCAGCAAUCUUUGAGGAUCACAGAAAUCUGCUAAAGGAGCAAGUAUCAAUGAAUAGCAAGGCUAAGAGUAGCUGAAAGAGGUUGCAGCUAUUUGAUAAAAACAAACUCUGCAAGCGAAUAAGUAACAAUUCCUUUUUCUGUCUUCCAGUGCAAAGUGUUAAAAGCCAUGGCUUGAUCUCAUCCUCAGUGACCUUUGCAAUUUUGUCAUGAAAGACAAUCUAAAUAUUGCCAUGUUGAGAGACAUGGUAUUUUUUGAACUUUUUGGCUUAACAUGGAGGUAUUGCUGAGAUAUAUAUAUUAUUGGAGGAAAUCCCAAGGACUCCAUCAGUACAGUAAAAGGAAUGGAACAAGAUGAGAGAAAAGAUGUGAAGGUGCAGAAGCCUGUGUCUGAUGGGGCUUUUCCAUUUCUAUAUGUUAAAAUAUAAAAUUUUUUUCUUUUAAGUUCAUUGGAUGUUUAUGCAUGUUAUAUUUCAUCUUAACUAUGUGACUUCUUUUUUUUUUUUUUUUUCUUCAUAAGCUGUAUUGAAAAGGAGGAACCACUUUUUUUUGGUCAUGAGUAAGAAAGCUAGUUUCUUCCAGGCUGUAUGGUUGUGCUCUAUCUAGGCUGGUACUAAAAGAAGGCGUUCAAAUUCAUAUGCAAAUCAGGUAUCUGGAUUCAGAUCUCCGAUAUACAUCAUCUUGAUGGGCCUUGCAUUGCUUCAGUUUUAAUAACCAAGAAGAAUAGGCAGUGGGAGAAUUUCUGCUCCACUCAGGGCUUUCAAAUGAAGUUCAUUUACGUUGUGAUCAGAACUCUGAGCGCUGUCUUUUCCUCCUGCGCUUCACUGGGCGUUUGAAGAGACAGCUCUUGGAGACAGGAUUUAUGGAUACAAAGAUGUUUAUAGGUAGAAAAACAUGACCCCACAGAGCAGCAUGAAUAAUGUGAAAAUUACUUGAGGAGCCUGGAACUUGAAGAGUAACAUGCCAUUAUCCAGAAAGGGAAGCUGAAUGGUGGUUUUCUUCAGCAACUGUAACAAUCAUCUUGGAACAGAAAGAAUUUCUGCUAUAACGAUUAGCUGUGCAAUAUCCACCUAAGCAUUAUUAAAGAAAAUAUGUAGUGGACAGUGGAAGCAGGAGAAUAACUUACAGCUACUCUGUGUUAGAGAAGUCCACUUAUUACAGAGAUACAGAAUCAAAGCUUCCAUAAAUUUUGUCUUUGUCUUACAUUCCUUUCUGCAUGAGGCCUAGUUGCAGUUGGAAUGCUAAAAUCAUACAAUUCUGCUUUUUAUUGGCUUUAGGACUGUUUCAUUUCCUAGGUCUUAGCCUUCCUGAUCAGUAGCUCAAGCCCCAGAGUUACUGUGCAAAAGGACGUUGCGGCUACCUUCCCUCAUGCUAGGUACUGAUAUUCAGGAAAGGAAGCAUUAUGAUGGUUGGGCUAUAUAAUCAUAGUGGUCUUUCCAACUUUAAUGCUUCUGUGAUUCUGAUGACACAGGAUGCACGUGUAACAGGCUCUAGUGAUUAGGUUUGCCACAAAGCAGUUCAAGUCCCUCACCCGGUAUAUCUGAGAGGUGAUUCCCCCUGUAUUUCCUAGGUUGCCAAAAAAAGAGAAAUAGAUAUCUCCAUUAAAAGUGUGGAUCACCUUUUACAACUCUCUGACUCAAACUACAAAGAUUCUGCCUGCGUUUUGACAGUAAUAAAUUUUCUCUUUCUUACUCUCA